CCCCAUCAGCAUCGCUCUUGUCGUCGCCGUGGCUUCGCUUCGCUCCGCUCCGCCGUAUGCCGAAUGCCCAAAUUCUGAUGCUGUGGCGUCUCUGAGUUCGUAAAGUCGUGAGUUUGACGAGUUCCUCGGCGAAGUUCACGUAGUUGGCGCGUUUUUAUUGCCCGUUGGCCUGACAACGACAACGAAAUUCAAGUUGGAAUCCCUCUGCCAACAACAGACAGUAAAAAAAAAACAAGAGAAAAUAUACAAAAAAAAUGUCUCAUCAUUUUGUGUUUUUGUCGGUGGGCAAGUGAAAUGUGCGCAUUGCUUACCCGUUCCGGUUUCCAUUAUAACGUGACAACAAUUUUGAUUUUGGCACACAAACUUUGACUAAUGAAUAAAAGGAGACUGUGCACAGACCAAAAAAAGAAAACAUAAAGAAUCUGUUAAAAAAGCUUUGAGAGCAGCAAACCAGCUAAGGAUAAGUUCCCAAAAGAAGGAGCAAGCAAAAUGAUGACUAAGUUGAGCCUGUUCCUGGCCUGCUGCUGCCUCAGCCUCUCCUGGCUGCCAAUGGGCCAGGCUCGCAUCGGCUACUUCUGGCACAUCAGCGACCUUCACUUGGAUACCAUCUACUCGACCCAGGGGGAUAUCUACCGAAGCUGCUGGCAGCUGGAGCGGCCCGUCUCCAGCGCCAGUUCGGGCUCCAAUGCGAAUGCUGCCAGUGAGGCGCCCGGACUGUUUGGGCACUACAACUGCGACAGUCCCUGGAGCCUGGUGGAGUCCGCCGUGAAGACCAUGAAGGCCAAGCAGGGCGACAAUGUGGAGUUUGUUCUCUGGACCGGGGAUGCCCUCUCGCACUCCGCCCAGCCGCUGUCCGAGCAGAAGCAGCACGAGAUUCUGCGCAACAUCACGGACCUGCUGGGACGCAGCUUCUCCUCGCAGUUCAUCUUUCCGGUUUUGGGGCACGAGGACGGCAGCGGCAGCCACCAGAAGAUGGGCGAACUCUGGCGCCACUGGCUGCCCUCGGAGGCACUGGUGACCUUUGACCAGGGCGGCUACUACUCCAUCGAGCAGACAAAGAGCCGCCUGCGCAUCGUUGCCCUCAAUACGAACUUCAUGCGUCUGGACCACGACCCGCCCGAUGCCAGGGCAUCGCACAGCCUGCGCUGGCCGGUCGAGUACUAUGCAGAGCCCAAGGCAUCCGUCAGCUCCAUGUCCGCCCAGGAGGAGGUGCUGGCCGAGCAGCAGUGGCUGUGGCUUGAGGAGGUGCUCACCAAGUCGCGGGAUAAACAGGAAACGGUCUACAUCGUGGGUCAUAUGCCGCCGGGCGUGGACGAGCGUCACCUGGGACCGCAGCAGCACAACCAGUUAAUCUUCACGGAGCGCAACAACCGACGGUAUCUGGAGAUCGUGCGUCGCUUCGCCUCGGUCAUCCAGGGACAGUUCUUUGGCCACCUGCACUCGGACACUUUUCGGCUGUUCUACGAUGCCCAAGGCCACCCCAUCUCGUGGCUGAUGAUUGCCCCCUCGAUUGUGCCACGAAAGGCAGGCAUCGGCGCAUCCAAUAAUCCGGCCCUGCGGCUGUACAAAUUUGACACGGGAAGCGGCCAGGUGCUGGAUUACACCCAGUUCUGGCUAGACCUGCAGCUAGCCAAUCGGGCCCAGGAGCCGCUCUGGCAGCCCGAGUACAAUCUGACGCACUACUACGCCCUCUUCGAGAUCUCCGCCCUGGCGUUGCACAAUUUUGCGGAGCGCUUCACGGGCACCGAUGCCUCCUGGUUCACCAGAUACCACCGAGCCAAUGCCGUGAGAUAUCAGUCGGGUACGCCCUGCCAGGGCCUGUGCAUGCUCAAUCAUUACUGCGCCAUCACGCGCCUGGACUACGACGAGUUCCGGCUGUGCCUGGAGGAGCAGCAGCUGCCGUUGCAGGGCCGGGCGGCCAUGUCCGCGAUGCCACAGUCGUGGUGCUGUCUGCUCGGUGUUCUUGGUGCUCUUUUUUAUGGCCUGCAAAGGAUGUUGUGGGAUAGCAGCAGCAGCAGCAACAGCAGCAAUAGCAGGCAAUGCAGCAGCAAUUGCCGCAACCAGCGAAUUUAAGCGUUCUCGUUUAAGCCAGAACAUAUCAAAAAGUGGGGGGUAGGAACGGAGAGAUGCCUCCAGAAAGUAAAUGGAGGACGAGGAUGACUUGCCGCUCACUGGCUCAGCAAUUCCUAUAUACAAAUAUAGCGCUAAUUUACUCUCAAUUAUGCCCCAUGCUCCAUGUGCGAGCCGCGCCCCCCCCAUGCCGUGCCAUGCCAUGAGUGUGUGGGCCAUAUCGUUUGUGUGUGUGAUAUGACUACAAAGAAUCGUCUCUGCAUAUGUAUUUGUGUAUAAGUAU